CAUAAUUGUAUUAAGUAAAAUCUGUGUUUAGAUGUGUGUACGAUCUUUUUGUAGUUAAGGGUGAACAUGUGAAUCUAUUUAAGUUAUCUUGAAACUGAAUCUAACGAAAGGUUUUGUUGUUCAAGCAACUUUUUAAUUCCCGAUUAAAACAGACGGACGGACACAUGCGGUAAAAACCAAUAGAAAAUUUAUUAUUCAGUUGCGAUUUUAAUUUUUCAUAGACAGAGUAACUAGUAUGGAUAUGAUUGAAUCAAUUCCACUAUUCAUCCACUGUUCAUUCAGUUAUUACCAAAAAGUAUGUUAAGUUUUUUUUCCUCGUUGCCGUGUGCGCCUUGAUAGGUUCAACAAAUCCACUCAUGUAAAUUGAAUAAAAAAAAAAAAUAAUUAAUUUUAACGACAGGACGACUCAAUAUUUCAUAUAAGACAAUUUCUUAAAAUAUAUCGGAUUUUUUAAGUACCGAUUCAAAUAUGAGAGAACGUUUUAAAAUGAAUAUCAACGCACUCCACACAAUAAAGCGCACUGCAAGGUUGCAAAAAGUGUAUAUAAACUGAAAUGUGCAUUUGGCAACCAUGUCAAUUAUAACAUAGCAAAGUGCAACACAAGUAUUUAGAUAAUUCUAUCUUAAAAAAGACGAAAAAAAAAGAACGAUGUGGUGCAUAAUUAUGUCAAGAUAUCAACAACUACAGAUUAAUAGCUGUUGCUCAUUGCAUCGUCUUUACGGGGCGAGCACAAUCAACUUUGCGAUUGAACAGAAGAGUUUUACCUCUGAUGUCCUUCUAAAUGAAAAUAAUCGUCAAAGAUGUAUGAAUGCGAUGAAACAAACACCGCCAGUGGCUAUCAAGCGACGAGGUACCAACAUGGAGAACGCCUUUGCAUCUGUCUUAAUAGCCAUUUGUACUAAUGAGCAAUUACAAAAUCCUUCCCUUUUAUAUACAAGACGUUCUCGUAUGUUAAGUAGACAUAUGAGCCAAAUUUCAUUUCCGGGAGGCAUUAAAGAAGAAAACGAAGAUUUCAUCCAAUGUGCAUUACGUGAAACUGAAGAAGAAAUAGGACUUAAAUCUAAUCGUAUUGACAUAUGGGGUACGGGAAGCUUAUUAACCCCUCCACAUACUGCGGCUAUUAUGCCGGUGGUUGGAGUGAUUAAUCAUUUCCGGGCAAAUGAAUUAAAAUUAAAUGAGGCCGAAGUUGAUGAAUGUUUUACCAUAACUUUUGAAGACUUAUGUCAUCCCAAUGCUUUGGGUUAUACACAAUUUAAAAGCGGUUACAGCACACCAGUAUUUAGAGUGAACAAUAAAAGAAUAUGGGGAAUUACGGGCUUUCUAACAAAUAUAUUUCUUAAUUGUUUCCUGCCGCCUCAUCUUAAUCAACUCAAAGGUCGUGUCAAAUUUAUAAAACCAAUUACAUGUAGUUGACAUAAUGUAAUUAAUCUAUUAGGAUAAACUCGCAAAGCCCGCUUACGUCCAGAAGCAAGAGUAUCCACUUAAUUACUGAUUCAAAUGCAAUAAACAUGAACUUUUCAAUUAAGUUUUUGCAAAAGAAUAAAGCGUAAAUAUAUUAUGAUAAUAAAAAAAAAAAAAUUCGUAAUUGAAUUAAAAAACAUUUAACCGUUAUACCAAAGGAUUAUCUUUAGAAAUUAUUUCACCUAAUUAUUGUUUUUUUUUUUUUCAUUUCGUUUCGAA